UCCCAGCUGCUUGCAUUCGGCUGCAGUUCUCUGAUGGCUCGCACAGGGUGGACCAGUACCCUUCCCCUGUGUGUGUGUCUGCUGCUGACCUGUGGCUUUGCUGAGGCAGGGAAGCUGCUGGUAGUGCCUGUGGAUGGGAGCCACUGGUUCACCAUGAGGUCGGUAGUGGAGAAACUAAUUCUCAGGGGGCAUGAGGUGGUGGUAGUCAUGCCAGAGGUGAGUUGGCAACUGGGAAGACCACUGAAUUGCACAGUGAAGACUUACUCAACUUCAUACACUCUGGAGGUUCUGGACCAGGAGUUCAAGGCUUUUGCCCAGGCUCAGUGGGAAGCACGAGUACAAAGUAUAUUUUCUCUAAUAAUGGGUUCAUACAAUGACAUUUUUGACUUACUUUUUUCAAAGUGCAGGAGUUUGUUUAAGGACAAAAAGUUAGUGGAAUACUUAAAGGAGAGUUCUUUUGAUGCGGUAUUUCUGGAUCCUUUUGAUAUCUGUGGCUUAAUUGUUGCCAAAUAUUUCUCCCUCCCCUCUGUGGUCUUCGCCAGGGGAAUAUUUUGCCACUAUCUUGAAGAAGGUGCGCAGUGCCCUGCUCCUCUUUCCUAUGUCCCCAGAAUUCUCUUAGGGUUCUCAGAUGCCAUGACUUUCAAGGAGAGAGUACGGAACCACAUCAUGCACUUGGAGGAACGUUUAUUAUGCCACCGUUUUUUCAAAAGUGCCCUAGAAAUAGCCUCUGAAAUUCUUCAAACACCUGUCACGGUAUAUGAUCUUCACAGACAAAUAUCAAUUUGGUUGUUGCGAACGGACUUUGUUUUGGACUAUCCCAAACCCGUGAUGCCCAACAUGGUGUUCAUUGGUGGUAUCAACUGCCAUCAGGGAAAGCCAUUGCCUAUGGUAAGUCAUCUCUCCUUUAGCACAUUAAGAAUAUUUCAGCUUUAGAAAUUAAAAAAGGAUUCUUUACUGAAGUGUGAUGUGACAUUUUCAUUUGUUUCAUUUCAGAUUUCUUUCCAGUUUAACAAAUUAUUUUGUGCCAGUGCAUGUACUUAUCAGUUAGCAAAUUUUAUAAAACUGCCCUUCUUGAAGAUAUGUAUUUAUAAUUUAUAAAAUUGUAUAUCAUAUGCAGCCUACAUUUUUAAGUACCAUGUUUAGAAAAGUACCAAAAACCACAGUAAGAAAUGAAACUCCCCUCUUUUGUUAAUUCUGUAUGACCCCCUAGAGGAAAUGCUCUUAGUUUUGUGCACAUUCUUUUCAUUUUUUU